AUGUCGGACGAAUAUUGGCUAAUUUCUGCUCCAGGAAAACCGACUCCAAGGCAAACGUAUGACCAAGUUUGUACUGCGACGGGAAAAGAUCAAUUAUCAACAAAUUUUAUAUUCAAUAUUCCAGAUUUAAAGGUUGGUACACUUGACUCACUCGUAUCAUUAUCCGAUGAUCUUGGAAGAUUAGAUACGUAUAUAGAAGGUGUUACGCGUAAAUUGGCACAAUAUUUCGGAGAGGUUUUAGAAGGAGAAAAAAAUAAAUUAGCAGAAAAUUUAGUUGUUGGACCAAAUAAUGUUGAUCCUGUGACAUAUGUGACUGAUUUUCAAUGGGAUCACGCUAAAUAUCCAACAAAACAAUCAUUGAAAACUUUAUCAGAAGUUAUUUCUAAAGCAGUAACACAUGUCGAAAAUGAACUUAAACUUCGAAGUCACACAUAUAAUAAUGUUAAACAAUCAUUACAAGCGCUAGAAAAAAAACAAGCUGGCAGUUUAUUGACACGAAAUUUAAAUGAUGUUGUGAAAAGAGAAAAUUUUCUAUUAGGCAGUGAAUAUUUAAAAACAUUAUUGGUUUGUGUACCAAAAGCGUUAGUGAAGGACUGGAAUGAGAAAUAUGAAACACUAUGUGCCAUGAUUGUACCAAGAACAGCAGAAUUAAUUGCUGAAGAUCAAGAUUUUUGUUUAUUUACGGUUACAUUAUUUCAAAAAACAGAAGAUACAUUUAAACAUAAAUGCAGAGAAAAUAAAUUUACUGUUCGAGAGUUUACAUUUGAUGAACAAGCAUUAUCAUCGGAUAAACAGCAAUUGAGCAAAUUAGAAACGGAUCGUCAACAAUUAUAUGGAAGUUUAGUACGAUGGUUAAAAAUUAAUUUUGGAGAAGUCUUUUCGGCAUCUAUUCAUAUUAAAGCGUUAAGAAUAUUUGUCGAAUCAGUUUUAAGGUAUGGUUUACCAGUGAAUUUUGCGGCUAUAGUUAUUCAUCCAUGGCGUCGUGCGGCGAAAAAAUUACGUGAUGUACUGAAUCAGUUAUUUGGUUAUUUGGAUCAAUCGAGUACAGGACGACAUGAUGAUAAUUUUGAUAUACCCGGUGUAUUUUCAUCGCAACAAGAAUAUUAUCCGUAUGUCUACCUCAAAAACACACAAAGUUGUAAUCGUCGGUGUAAAAUAAAUGACUGUCUUAUUUUACAACUAGUUUCAAAUCGUUUUUAUUCUUAUAUGCAAAAUUUAGCCCCGUUUAUAGUUUAUCAAUACCUUCUGAUGUCUACCAAUGUUUCAUCACAUUCAAAUGAUACUAUUAGUUUGCCUGUUGAAAUAAAUCAAUCGUAUAAAGUGAGAUUAUUCUUAUUUCGUCAUGCAGAAAGUCAAUCUAAUAUAAAACGGGAUAUAAUUGCUGGUCAAGCAAAUGAAGUCGAUCUAACUGAUUUAGGUUGUAAACAAGCACAAUUAUUGGGAAAACGAUUAAAAAUUGAAAAAUUGAUAUUUGAUCAAGCGUAUACGUCUACAGCCGUACGUACUAAGCGAACAGCUGAAAUAGCAUUGACUGAAGCUCAAUUAUCAUUACCAGACAAUGCUGUUGAAGAUCUUUGUGAACAAAGUCAGGGUGAUUGGGAAGGUAUACAUCGUCAUGAAAUAUAUACACCACAAACUAUUCAGAAAAUGGAAGUUUUAAAUUUUGAUCAUUCAGCACCAAACGGUGAAUCAUUACGACAAGUACAAAGAAGAGCAUUAAAAUUUUUAAAUCCAUUAAUUGAUCGAGCUAAAAAAGAAUCAAUUAAACAAAAUCGUUCAAUUACUAUUGGAAUAUUUAGUCAUGGUGGAACAAUACGUAGUCUAAUUCAACAUUUUAUACAAUCAAAUCCGAAAACAGCUUGGUUGAUUAGUAAUGAGAAUACAGCAAUUAAUGAAUUUGUAAUUGAUCCUCGAGGAACAAUGUGUGUACGAGUUAAUGAUGUGGGACACUUGUUAUUAUUAGCUUAG